AGGAUGUGGACUCUUCUCUUGGGGGUCACCUUAGGACAUCUGUCCUCGUGUGGGGCAGAGCAACUCAAAGUUAAUUCUCGCAGCUGCAGCUAUUCGGGAGUGUUUAUUGUCGAGGGUGAAGCUCGUCACGCUCUGACCUUUGAUCAGGCUCAAAAAUUGUGCCAUCAACUUCAGACUACAAUGGCAACCCUAGAACAAGUUCAACAAGCUUUUGACCAAAAAAUGGAAACCUGCAGAAAUGGCUGGAUCAGCAACAUGAGCUUCGCUAUUCUCAGACACAAUCACCAUGAAAACUGUGCUGUAAACAUGACUGGUUUAAUUAUCCAUUCUCGUGAUAACCUAAAUGAAACUUUUGAUUCUUACUGCUACGAUAAAACUGCUGGUCCUGAUAUAAACUGUGAUAAGGAGAUUAAAGGAAAUGAACAAGUUUUCAAAACAACUGAACCUAAGCUGCAGGCAUCCACAACAGAGAGCCCUGAUUCUGCUGGGGUAACUACAAUAACUCCACCUGCAUCAGAGGAAGCCACAAUCCAGCCUACGGUGGAAGUUAGUUCACUUGGGAUGGACGACAAUCGCACUGUCCAAUUCCCAUUCAAUACUGGAGAUUUGGACCAGACAACUGGAUCUGGGAAGCAGCCACCCUUUUCUGAUGAAGAAACACUGCCGACCUUCACCUCUUUCAGAGGCACCGAUGUAACAAAGCUUCCUCCAGAUGAGAAGCGAGAGGAUGUAAAAAUGACGCCUGAAUAUGAGGUUGCUACAUCACUUUCUACACCACAUCCCCCACAUGGCAAAAAAAGGAUGAAGGAGCUAGUGCCGCAGCCAGGUCAACAGGAGGGGAAUGAUUCAUCAAACUGGCUUGUUAUCAUUGGGGUUUGCAUAGCCGUUGCUGCUAUCCUCUUUGUGUGUGUGGCUGUUGCCAAAAGAAAGAGCUGGUGUGGAAAGAAACAAACCCUGAUCAUCACUUCAAAAGAGAGCGAAGGGAACGGUGCAGCGGGAGCUGUAGCCUCCAGCUCCCAGGCUCAAGAGAGGGAGCAGGAAAUGGUGACUCUCAUGAACAAGGAGAAGAUCCAGGAGAAUGGCAAUACUGAGGAGUUCACCGUCAUCAAGCUCGAGGAGACGCCUGAUAAGGAGGCAUGA